CUCAUACUUGUUGCCACCCGCCGCCAGAAAUCCAGAUGAUGAAGCCGAAUAACUGAGCAGAGAGAGGGCAGGAGAAGAAGGGGAGUGAACCAUGGAGUGAACCUCCCAAACUCUCGGUAACUAGCUAGCUUCCAUCAGCCUCAACUUACAAGACAUGUCGUGCUGCCAGCCUGUUCUCUGACACAGAAAGGAAAACGGAUACUCAGCUGUUUUUGUAAGAAUGGUGCACACUAACCGGGAUACUCUGAUGUAUUGACUCUGUUGAACAUCUACCCACGUCCAGCGACAACAACCACCGCUGGCUAACAUCGGUUAGCAUUAGCACCCCACCACCGAACAGCUAUCAUCCCGGAAGGCCGCCGCACCGGGUGGGAAUUUAACUUUCUCUCUCCGUGUCUGGACUCAAAGAACACUAACCCAUGAUAAAUGGCCAUUUGUCAUAUAUCGGUAAGGAUGGAGUCCUCUCUGGGAAUAUGCACCGAGGAUUGUUUGGCAACUGUGAAAGCUCAGCAGCUGAGGGCUGGCCAGAAGGAGCCCAGACUUCUGUCUCUAUUAGAGCGCAGUGGAGAAUUUAUAUUUCGUGUUUUCGCCAACCCUGAUGCUGUCGUGUCUCGUCCAGUCGCUGAGCUGUCUAUACCCAUCAAUGGUCACUUUGACAUUUUGCAAGAGGCUGCAGAGGCUCUUCUUAUUAACUUAGAAACAUCUUGCAUUAGGAUACGAAUCAAAGGCGAGAAAGCUCCAGAGCUGCUGUUAGAGCUGCAGAACGAUGAUCGGACUCAGACCUUCCUCAUCCAGGUGAAGAGUGCUCAGCAACAAGUUGAAUCCAUACUCAAGAAACCCAAAACCAUGGAGCCCCUUGCACCAACAGUCCUGAGGAGCCCAGUCCCCAUCCCACCGCAGAGAGCAAACAAGACGGUGAACUCAGUGGGCUCUGGGGUCAACCCCCCCAAAUUGACCACUGCACUGCCUCCCAACCUCAACAAUAGCAGGUCAACUAAUAAGACAGAUUCAGUUCAAUCACUCGCGUCAGACUUUGGCUUCGAGGACAACUUCAACCACGCUCUCAAAGUGGAGGAAAAGAAGAACCACCAGAACCGCAUAGUUGCUGUUAGAGAUCCUCCUCCGGUUCCCCCUCUACCUCCUCGCAAAGCCUCCCAGGCUCCAUCCAAUCCUCUGCCUCCUCCACCAAUCCCUAAAGACAGAGUUGUCUCCCUACAGACCAGAGAAAACUCCCGACCGGAUAGUUUCAGGUCAGGGUUUGAUCGCGGCGACAGGCCCAUGUCUUGGUGUGAAAGCCCCACCACCAACAGCAUGAGACAGGCCAUGUUCUCCAGCCAGGCGGGACAGAGAGAAUACCUCAUCAAGCACCGCCUGGGCAAGAAGGAGAACGAGUUCGUGGACAUCCAGAACUUCAGGAUUUUCACAGGAACGUGGAACGUGAACGGCCAGGCUCCGGACAGCAGCCUCGAGCCGUGGCUCUGCAGCGACACAGAGCCUCCAGAUCUCUAUGCUCUGGGUUUUCAAGAGUUGGACCUGAGCACUGAAGCUUUCUUCUACAUGGACUCAUCCAAAGAGCAGCUGUGGGUCGAAGCUAUAGAGAGGUGCUUGCCCUCAAAAUUCAAAUACAAAAGGGUCCGGAUCAUACGACUUGUCGGGAUGAUGCUUGUGAUCUUCGUCAAAAAGAUGCACAAGAACCACAUAAAAGAAGUGGCUGCAGAGCAUGUGGGGACGGGAAUCAUGGGGAAAAUGGGGAACAAAGGAGGUGUGGCAGUGAGGUUUGUUUUCCACAACACUAGCUUCUGCAUCGUGAACUCCCAUCUAGCAGCACACGUUGAAGACUUUGAGCGCCGCAACCAGGACUAUAAAGACAUCUGCGCCCGCAUGACCUUCCACUUCUGGACCACCCCCCCUCUCAGCAUCGUCAAACACGAUGUAGUAAUCUGGCUCGGGGAUUUGAACUACCGUCUGUGUUUGUACGAUGCUGCUGAGGUCAAACAUCACAUUGCUCAGAAUGACCUAAAAAAGCUUCAGGAUGUUGAUCAGCUGAACAUUCAGAGGCAGACAAAGAAAGCCUUCACAGACUUCAUAGAGGGAGAGAUCAACUUCAUUCCCACGUACAAGUACGACCCCAAAACGGAUCGAUGGGACUCAAGUGGGAAGUGCCGUGUCCCGGCUUGGUGUGACCGAAUCCUGUGGAGGGGCAACAAUAUCAAGCAGCUCAAAUACCGGAGUCACAUGGAGCUGCAAACUAGUGACCACAAGCCUGUCAGUGCUCUCUUCACUGUGGGGGUCAAGGUGGUAAAUGAGCCGCGCCACAAAAAGGUGUUUGAGGAGAUUGUGCGCGCGAUGGACAGAAUGGAGAAUGAUUUCCUUCCAUCUUUAACGCUGAGCAGGAGAGAGUUCUCAUUUGGGAAUGUGAAAUUCCGCCAGCUUCAGAAGGAGCACUUCCUGAUAACGAAUGACGGGCAGGUCCCCUGUCACUUCGCCUUCAUCCCCAAACUCAACGACACGCAGUAUUGUAAGUCUUGGCUCCGUGCCGAGCCAAGCGAUGGAUUCUUAGAGCCCAACGAGACCCUGGAGAUCUACCUGGAGGUGUACGUCAGUAAAGACUCUGUCACGCUGCUGAACUCCGGAGAGGACGCCAUAGAGGACAUCUUGGUGCUCCAUCUGGACCGGGGCAAAGACUACUUCAUCACCAUCUCUGGGAACUACCUGCCCAGCUGCUUCGGCACCUCGCUGGAGACCCUGUGCCGCAUGAAGAAGCCCAUCAGAGAGAUCCCCAUCACCAAGCUGAUCGACCUGGAAGAGGACAGCUUCAUGGAAAAGGAGAGGUCAAAGGUUAGCUUCCUGAUGUCUGAAGGUGCAAGUACAGAAGACAAACCGCUGAAGAUCCCCAAGGAAGUGUGGAUUCUUGUCAACCAUCUCUUCACCAGGUCCUGUGAUCAGGAGGACUUGUUCCAGACGCCAGGCCUGCAAGAGGAGCUGCAGAGCAUCAUCGACUGUCUGGACACGAGCAUCCCAGAAUCCAUCUCCGGCUGUAACCACUCUGUAGCCGAGGCUCUGCUGAUCUUCUUGGAGGCCUUGCCGGAGCCGGUGGUUUGUUACGAACUCUACCAGCGGUGCCUCGACUGCUCUCAUGACAGCCGCCUCUGCAAACAGUUGAUCUCCCAGUUGCCCCGCGCUCACCGCAACGUGUUCCGAUACUUAAUGGCCUUCCUGAAGGAACUCCUCAAACACUCACACAACAACAACCUGACUGCCAGCCUCAUAGCUACACUCUUUGCCAGCCUCCUCAUCCGACCCCCUCCCAACCUGAUGGGCAGGCAGACGCCAAACGAGCGGCAGAAAACCAUCGACUUCAUCCUGGGGUUCCUCAUGGCUGCAGACGAGGAGUAACCGAGGACAAAGGUACCUCACAACAACAGUCAGGUGUGUGACCUGCUGUUGGCUAUGGACCUGCUGGACGCUGUGUAACGUGAUCCACGUGCUACAUUAUCAUCUAUUGGAGACCAGUGCAGAGGUUUUGCACCCGUUUCACAAACUCUCAUGUCAAAGGAACUCGAGACCAAGUGUCCUAUCUUCAGUUUGUUCACAGUGUGACAGCUCAGUGGAUUCGUUAGUACUUGUGCGAGGUUUGAACUGUUGCCUCUGCACUUUCUGAACACCUCCACACUAGAGCUGUCCUUAACUGAGACUUCUUACCAUGCCAAAACAACCCCUGAACAGUGAGUGGUGUGAAUGUGAAAAUACUACCUAUCCAGAGAUGCUAAGCAAAAUACUAAAUUACACUAAAAGUAAAUUCCUGAAGUGUUAAGAAGUAGACUGAAUACAAUUCUAAAUAGUUUGAAAUGGGAUAAUUAUAGAAAAAUGUAUCGCUAAGAAUGUUAAAGCUUUAGAUAAGUCAUGACAAUCAUCAUUUUAACUGAGGGGACAACAUUAUAGAUAUCUUCGAGAUAAUCCUUGUAUUUUAACUGUUAUUUAUAUAUUUUUUUCCAUGUUUGCAACACUUUAUGGUUUCUGUGGUUUAUUUUCAAGCUCUGCAUUCUUUAAAAAAAUGCAUCGCUUUUUUUAUUUUAUUAUCAUCAUGUCAUAGAUAACUGUGUCGUGGACGUUUGAUGUUGUUUUGUAACUCAAAGCCUGAGCCCUACAUCUAGUUUUGCCAGUUCCUCUUGAGUUACAAAGACACUCUGUUAACACUCUAACUUCCUGGUCAACCGGAAUCAAACAAAGAGUCACCCUCUGUGAUUCUCUGUGUCUUAAACUGUGUAAUACUGAUUGUUUCCAUGUCUCAUGGGUGUUUGACUGUCCGUAUCGUGAUGCAAAUCUGUAAAUGUGUCCUACAGUUUGUCAUGAAGGUGGUACUGUUAUUGUCUGUGUUUGUUUAUGUGUCUUUUUCCAAACUUCUGCCUCAUCUUAAAGCACAUUUUUGUUAUUUUAGGCCUAUGUGAUGCCAAGAUACAGCUGUUGUUCCCCAUAGUGAAACCAGAUGUGUAAUACUUUUGUUUUAGGUGAUGCAGCACUUUCACGGUGCAAGAUAUAAUGACCCAUUAUUCUACAGGAUACAAACUGUUUCAUGUGUGCCACUAAGGUCAUUUUCUUCUGUAUUCACUGUUGAAAGACAUUUCCUGGUUACUGAAAUAAGGAACUGUUAUGCUCUGUGUAAUAGCCAUUUCCUCUUUCAUAGUUUUACCCAAGAGAUGUCAGCGUUAAUUCUCCUAGUCGACAAAAAUAUUUACAUGUAUGACAUUUCCCUGUAUCUCCUGUAGUGUAUACAUGUCAGAAAAAAGCCCAGAGGUUUUCUUCUCCGAUGCUCCAGGAGGUUCAGAAGAUGUAUUGUUUGGUGACAAAGUGACAACACUGACAAUCAUGUCAUGUAUAGUCCGGCUGACGUUACUCAUCUCUUGCGUAGUUUUUUUCUGCCUUAUUGCCAUCAAUACACCAUUUCCCUCUGAUGAUGUAAACAUAGCUGAGCUUUUUCACUAAGAGGCUCGGCCUGUACGAAUAAUUCCCAGUGGUUCAGAUUUGGGAGUCAUUUUGUAUGUAUUUAUUCACUUGGUUUUAGAAGAACUAUCCUCAUUUCAAAUCAAUAUAAUCGAUAACCUCUGAUUUCCUUGUUUUGUGCUACUGUUCAAAAUGAUGUACUGCAUCGUGCUUUUUGUCUUCAGUUUUUGUCACAAUCUGUUCAUAAAAUUAAGGUACAUUUAAAAGGUACAUGAGGAAACACUCGCACCUGUUUUCAACUUUUCAGAGUUUUGGUGCUUUAAUUUAUUUAACAGAAAUAAAGCUGUUUUUGUUUUCCAUUUA